GUCAGGUCCGGGAACGUAUGUGUAACAGAUACAUGUAUCCCGGAUCUUCCAACUUCUGUCGUAAGAAAUAUAAGCCGAGUUGUCGAACCCCCGUACACACAGAGCGCUGUAUGUGUAGAGCUGAACUCAACAACCAUGCGACUCGAGCUCCUAUCUGCAAUUCUGUGCUUUGUGGCAACGGCGUCUGGAGCAGGCUGUCCGUUGGGCUUUCAUCUUCACAGACGGUCCUGCUACUGGUUCUCAAACGUGAAAAGUUCAUUUCCAGAGGCAGCUGCCUACUGUCGUUACUUGGAGAGCCACCUUGUGGUUAUAUCAAGCGCAGAUGAAGAUUCGUUUAUCAGAGGUUACGCUAUCCGUCGUGGUAAAGCUCCCUUCUACCGGCUUGGUGCUACUGAUCUGAACAUAGAGGGAAGGUGGCUGUGGGAAGGACAACGUCGUAUGGGGUACACACACUGGUCUCCUGGACAGCCUGAUAAUAAUGGAGGUACCGAACACUGCCUGGAGAUUAGAAGGGACUUCGGAAACUAUCUCUGGAAUGAUUUUGUAUGUGAUCAUCCAUCGCAUUUUAUUUGUGAAAAGGAACUUUAAUGUGUUUCUUUUCCGCGAAUCACAUACAAACGGACAGCAUGUACCGCUGUACCAAAUAAAGCUUCAGAUUAGCA